AAAUGUACCGUACGUCAUCACCAUAAUGAAGAAUGCAACGAUUUAAUUACAAUGGAGAAAAGAAUACAGUUUCCAAUCGAUAUGUCAAUGCCGUGGAUUUUAACUGAUCACAUUUUGAAAACAAAGGAGCCCUCAAUGAUGGAGUAUGUUUUAUAUCCGUUGGACUUGUACAAUGACAGCGCAUUAUAUGCUUUAACAAUAUUCCGAAAACAGUUCUUGUAUGAUGAAGUAGAAGCCGAGGUGAAUUUGUGCUUUGAUCAGUUUGUUUAUAAACUGAGUGAGCAGAUCUUUGCCUAUUAUAAACAAUUAGCAGCAAGCAUAUUCCUUGAUAAACGUUUUCGAGUAGAGUGUUCAGCUAUCGGAGCAUACUUGUUGCCCUAUCCAAGAGCAAACAGAUAUGAAACUUUGUUGAAACAGAGACAUGUGCAGUUACUAGGUAGAUCAAUUGAUUUAAAUAAGCUGAUCACCCAAAGAAUAAACGCGGACAUGCAAAAAUCCCUUGAUUUGGCGAUUAGUAAAUUUGAAGCCGGAGACAUCACCGGAGUCACCGAACUGGAGGGACUUUUGCAGGUUAAUCGCCUAUGUCAUAAGUUAUUGAGCAAGUGGUUGGCUUUGGAUGAUUACGAUUCAAUGUUUAGGGAAGCAAAUCAUAACGUUUUAGCUCCUUACGGUAGAAUAACGCUCCAUGUCUUCUGGGAGCUUAACUAUGAUUUUUUGCCUAAUUAUGUUUACAAUGCUGCUACCAACAGGUUUACCAAAUAUCGUGGCAUAGCCUUUGGAACAGCUGUGUCUAGAGAUAGACCUCCCCAAAUGUCACAUCACUAUCUAUGGGGUACUAAGCAAUUGAACUUGGCCUAUACCACACAAUAUGGGCAAUAUUCUGGUUUUGUUGGGCCUCAACAUUUCCAUACAAUGUGCAAGCUAUUGGGGUACCAAGGUAUUGCAGUAGUCAUGGAAGAAUUGCUGAAAAUUGUUAAGAGCCUCAUUCAAGGAAGUCUACUUCAGUUCACUAAAACGCUUAUGGAAGCAAUGCCAAAGAUUUGUAAACUUCCAAGAUAUGACUAUGGAUCGCCUGGAGUAUUAGGCUACUAUCAUGCCCAGCUUAACGACAUUGUUCAAUAUCCUGAUGCACGGACGGAAUUGUUCCACAAUUUCAGGGAAUUUGGAAAUAUAAUAUUGUUUUGCCUUUUGAUGGAACAAGCUCUGUCUCAGGAAGAAGUCUGUGAUCUUUUGCAAGCAGCUCCAUUCCAAAAUAUUCUGCCCCGUCCUUAUUGUAAAGAGGGUGAAAAGUUAGAAAAUAAACAGAAACGUCUUGAAGCCAAAUACCAAGCUUUGCAAAUUGUCCCGAAUAUAGAAAAGCUGGGUACUGCAAAACAGGCAAUGAUAUCCCGCGAAGGUGAUUUGCUCACCAGAGAAAGACUUUGCUGCGGACUUUCGAUUUUCGAAGUAGUUUUGAAUAGGUUAAGGAGUUUCCUAGAUGAUCCUGUGUGGGUAGGUCCACCGCCUACGAAUGGCGUUAUGAACGUAGAUGAAUGUACUGAAUUCCAUCGUUUGUGGUCGGCUUUACAAUUUGUUUAUUGCAUUCCAGUUAGUGAAAAUGAAUACACGGUUGAAGAGAUGUUUGGAGAAGGGCUCCAUUGGGCAGGAUGUACUAUGAUUGUACUCCUUGGGCAACAGCGAAGAUUCGAAGCUCUUGACUUUUGCUAUCAUAUUCUGAGGGUCCAAAGGGUUGACAUGAAGGAUGAAAUCAUAAAAGGAAUAGUAAGUACUAAUCAUUUCAUAUACCUCAAUAAAACCUGUCAAUAUGUUUGAUAACAACGUCCCAGC